CACAUAUUUAUUCUUCCUCUUCUUUUAACAUCUGCGGUCGCAUGGCCCGGGAAUUAAGUAUUUGUAGUUUGACCGAAAAACUGAAAAGGAAUGCUUGACGAACAUAUGCUGAAAGAAAUGCAGCUGAGUUUCCAGCUCACCGAACAGCGAGAAAUAGCCUCUGGUCGCCGUAAGCCGGAAACCCCACAGCACCGACCCACAAAACAAAAAGUUAUUUCAACGGUAGCAAACAACCCCGAAAAGGUUUCGAAAGCAAUGAUUCAAAAAGCCCAGAUUGCGUCGGCCAAUAAGUCCAAGAAAAAUAAGGCAAAGGGCGAAAAGAGGCCUCUUUCCCAUAAUGACUCUAAAUCAGAUAGUAUUCCGUGCCAAAAGAGGCCCAAAAAGGAUACGACUUUACCUAUAAUGAAUCCUGUACAUAAAUCCCAAAUUGCUAAAGCUAAAAAAUCUGCAGCAAAAAGCAAAAGUCCACAGCUUCCUAGUCCCAAGGUUCAUAAUAUAAACGAACCAGAUGUUAAGAAAACAAAAGUUAAGGCGCCAAAUAAAGCCAAAGAAGCAAGUUUACCUAAAAAACAAAAGGUAAAUGGAGGCAAGAGCUCAAAGAAGAUUGUACUAAAUGGUCAAAUAGUCGAGAUUUCUGAGAUAAGUGGCACUCCACUGGCACCAAGCGACAUUGAAAUGAAUUCAAUGGACGAUUGGACCGAAGAAGACGAUUAUUUAAUGGAAAGUGACUCUGAAAGCGAUGUAGUUGAAGAAAUAGACGAGACAUUUUUAAAAAACACGAAGAUUAUUAAAGUCGAAUCUAAAGGCAGCCAAAUCGAUGUAAUAGACAUUCUUCCUCCUUUUGAGGAUGAUGAAUACCAACCUCUUGUGUUAGAUGGUGAUGGCAGCGGAACAGUUCGAAAGAUUAAGGUCUUUAAGAGUCCACAGGAAGAAACUGACAGCGACGAAGAGGAUAAUGAUUAUGAGCCACAAGAUAGCGAAGGCUUUGUAUCUGAGGAAUUUGACAGCGAAGAGUCUGACAGUGAAGACACAAGCAGCGCAGACUUUGACAGUGAUGAAGAUAGCGAUGGAGAGGAAGAAUUUGACGUGGAUGAAGAUUUCGACAGUGAAGAUAGCGAUAGUGAAGAAUUUGGAAGCGAUAUCUUCGACAGCGAUGAUCUCGAUUCAACGUAUGAGCCACCUGAUAUUGAGGUAUUCUUUGAUGAUCCACCUUUGGGUAUGCAAAGAGAGCCGCUUAUUAUAGAGGAAAUCUUUGAUGAUCCUCCUGUAGAUAAAAAUCAGAAAGAACUGGUUAGUUAUAAGCCUAAGCUACAAAAACGUAUAAAACAGUCAAGUGUUGUGGAGAUGGUGGCAGAAAACUCAAUCGUUGAGCCUCCAGAAGAAGUCUUGAUUGAAGAAACGCCUAAUUUUACACCAAACGAGUCUGAAGCUGCCAUUGAAACCGAAGAGAAUGCCGAGGUACCACUGCCUGAAGUCCUUACACCCGAAAAGCAAUAUGAGAGUCAACAAAGCGAUACGCCGUUUUACAGAAAUCCGCAAGAAAAUCGCACUGAGCUUAGCGUAUUUGAGAACAGUCUAAAAAGCAAUCAUGUACUGGCCGUGAUUAAAGAGGACCUCGAAGUGUAUGGCACACUAGUGCUCACUUUGCUUAGUGGUCAAAUAUCAGUGAAUGGUUACAGAGCUCGCAGGCAGGAGCCAAUCACUAUUUAUUCCCCCAAAGGCCUGACUUGGGUUUCUAUUUCACCAACGAAGACAAAAAAACCUGAAAGGAAUGAGGUGAACUGGGACGAGCUCAACAAGAACUUCACACGCGCCCAGCUAGACAGGAUUAAGAGCAGCUAUCAGAGCCAGACAAAUGCAAUAGUAUUGCUCCACCGAAACACAAGUGCACAGCGACUCGUCGACACCUUUGGCAAGCACAUGGCGCAAAAUGUUUUCCCCCUGGUUAAUCCUUCUAAUCGACCAUUUAACCAAAGUGAAACCCUGUUGCACUGUCUGAUUCAAUCGUCCGAUCUAAGUCGCACCCUGCAGGUCCCGCAGGUAUGGAAUAAGCUAAAGUUCCAUGCCACAAGCAGGAUAAUCGUGGCAGGUGGUAAGGGCGUCGGAAAGUCUAGUUUAUUGCGUUACCUCAUCAAUCGAAAUCUUGGCCAGUCUCCAUCCAUUCUGCUCAUCGACUUGGACAUUGGCCAGCCGGAAAUAUUUGUUCCCCAGACUAUUUCUUGCACCGUAAUUGAUGAGCCUCUUCUGGGACCGGGAUUCUUGUUUAACAGGCAGCCGGAACAUGCCAUUGUCGUGGGCCACACAAACAUUGUCUUGUGUGCAGAGCAUUAUGCCCGAGCAGUCAUUCAACUUGUUCAAACCAUUCAGAACGAUGCCAAGUGUUCAAAUAUUCCGUGGCUGAUAAAUACAAUGGGCUAUAACAAGGGUUUUGGUAUCGAAUUGAUGGCUCUGCUGGUGGAUCGCAUACGUCCCACGGAUCUUGUACAAAUCGCCAGUCCAAUUCUAAUCAAUAACUUUGAUUCUGCCCUCGACUGGAGCAGUCUGUCGCAGAUAAAACCCAUUAUUUACUCGGCAGAGGAGUUCAGGGUCAAGGAAAUACCAAAAUACACACUCCAUAAGCUGCUUAGUGCGGUGCCAGCAAAGGAAAAAGGAACUUGGAGUCUCAGCGCCAAGGACAUGCGGUACUCCAACCUUCUGGCACGUCUCAGUUCGUGCCUGACGGGAAACGCCAAAUCUCUCACAGACUGCCAGCCGUUGGGGGUGUCUUUGGAAACCCUGAAGAUCCUGCAUCCCACCAGCAAGGAUUACUCGCGCGAAGAGCUGAUUCGAGGCAUGGAGGCUAAUGUGGUAUAUCUGUGCCAUCACGGGACAGGUCUGCCCCAAUGUUUGGGAAUAGGUGUGGUUCGUGCCAUCGACUACGACCGAAAGGAGUUAUUCCUGGUGCCAGCAAUGCCACUGCAAAAGAUGCCAUUGGUGAAUUGCCUUAUCCUCGGCGGUGAACUGACCCUGCCGCAGGGCUACUUCCGAGAUCAGGGGCAGGGUGUGUCCAGCAGUGUGCCCUUCGUGUUUAUCCUUGACGAUUCGAAGUCGUCAAAGAGUAUUCAGCAGAUCUACCAUCGAUCGCCAGCCUUUCUGGGAGUUCCGCUGAAUCAACGAAACUAAAACCGAGCUUACUGAAGCAAUCGCAAUUUGUAAAUAAAGUUAGGUUUAUUAACACAA